AUGUUGAGCAGAGCGGCGAAGCGCGCCGUUUUAGCGGCGAGAUCUUGUGUGUUGGCGGCGGAAUCCUCGACUUCCUCGUUGAGCUCGUCGAGUGCAUCCAUCUCGUUUUUCAAUCGAACCAUAAAAACGGGGGCUUCCUCGACAUCAUCAUCAUCAUCACAAGCAUCAUCAUCGAAUACUAACAGAGGGUACGCGGCGGGCGCAGCGUUAGGAAGCGCUUUAUCCGUAGCCGCGGUAUCAACAACAUUCGUCGCGUCAGCAGACGAAGCCGAGCACGGGUUACACUUACCGCAAUAUUCCUGGCCACACGACGGUUUGUUCGAUGCCUACGACCACGCGAGCAUACGACGUGGCCACCAAGUGUAUCAACAAGUCUGCGCGGCGUGUCACUCUUUGAAUCAAAUCUGCUACAGAAACUUAGUGGACGUGGCGUAUACCGAGCAAGAGGUGAAAACGAUGGCGGAGGAGAUUGAAAUCACGGACGGGCCGGACGAUACCGGGGAAAUGUUUGAACGACCGGGGAAGUUGAGCGAUAGGUUACCGAGUCCGUACGCAAACGAGGAAGGCGCGAGGUACGCGAACAACGGAGCGUAUCCGCCGGAUUUGAGUUUGAUCACGAAAGCGAGACACGAUGGGAUUAACUACGUGUUUGCGCUGUUGUUGGGGUACAGAGAUGCUCCGGCAGGGAUUGAAAUCAGAGAUGGUUUGUAUUAUAAUCCGUACUUUCCGGGAGGCGCGAUCGCGAUGCCGAAGAUGUUGGUGGACGGCGGAGUGGAAUACGACGACGGGACCAUAGCCACGGAAACGCAAAUGGCGAAGGAUGUGACGACGUUUUUAGCGUGGGCGGCAGAGCCUGAGCACGACGAUAGAAAAUUGAUGGGUGCCAAGUGGAUGUUUGCCAUGGCGUUGCUGACAGUGACCGCGGUGUAUCAAAAGAGGUACAUCUGGUCGCAGUUGAAAUCGAGACGGGUUAUCGUGGACGCGGUGAGAUAA